GUAAAGAGUGCCUCGAGGUUGUUACGAUGUUCAGCAAAUCGAAACGGUUCCAGUAUGUUCCUAGUGAGGUUCCAAGGAAAAGGGCGGCGAAGAAAAGUGGAACCGGCGGAAAAUGUGAAACACGCAAGGAAAGUCCAAGGGCCGAGUUGAGGAGGGAGGGAACUUUUAGAGGUUCAGGAAGACCCUGCCCAACAAAAUCACCAACAAACGAAACAGAAGAUGGAGAUAUUAUCUAUCAGUCUGACCGUUGUAUCAUCAGAAGAACAUCGGCUAGAUUAAAUAUCAGCUCACCGAAGAACAACGCUAGUUCAAGGUCUCAAUCAAUUACACCAAAACAAGAAGACCCAAGUCUAUGCUUUAACAGUAAGCGCUGUGCCAUUAGAAGAGCGACAUCAAAUAAAAGUAGUGCCCUGAAUGAGACUAGUUCAAGCAACAGAGCAUCCAGAACUCUGGUGAUAGAAGUAUCGUCAAUUUAUAACAACCCAGGUAAAGGCGACGGUUCAUCAGGGAUAUCCACUAGAAGGUCAAAAUCGACCAGCACUUCAGUCAGCCAGAAUGAAGACUUCAACAGAACCCCGCACGAAGAGCACAGCUCGAAAGAUCUUGUUAGCAGUAUCGAUAGUGGGAUGAGUCUACACAAUUCUGCAGAAAGUCUACCAACUACUGAUGCAGAAUGCACAAAACCGCCGACAGCUUCUCCAAAAUCAAGCUCGCCCGGAAGUAUCCAGGCGUCUCUGAGCGAAGCUGUACGAAAAUUGAAACUGCUUUCAAAUCAGACUGUUUCGAAGACGACAAACGAAAUUGAGACGCGUCUGGACCGUUUGAAAACAGAGCUGAAACAGUACAACUACGAGAUCGCCAGAAAUUUUGAGUUUGAAACAAACAAAGUGUUGAACGAUUUUAGUUCAACGAUUCGUGAGACUGUCCAGACAGAAAGGAACGAGAAUCUUCGGGAUACGAUAAACAAGUUAAAAAGCCAGUUGAAGGACGCCAAUUCUCGAAGGAGGGCGCUGGCAAGUUUAUACAGGGAUGUUUGCGAAGGUAAUGCCAGGAAGGAGAGGCAGCAAAGGGAGGUUAUAGAUCAACUCAAACAUGAAGUUGAUGCUAUGGAAAUUGCUUUUCGAAUGAACAAGAUAUCUAAGUAUUUUCCGGAAAAUUGCCCCGGCUUUCCCUGA